AUGGAAGUGGCUGUGGAAAAAAAGGACGACAACGUUAGUGGAACUGCCACAGAGGAUGUUAAUGAAGAGUUAGAAAGUCAAGCUUCUACGAGAGCAGUUACUAGUGGUCCUUCCGGCGAUGAAAGUAUUAUCAACUCUAGCGGGUUGAACUCGAGAUCUUCAUCGAGGAAUGUUUUGUCGUGCGAGAUGUGUAACAAUUACGAGGCUAUAGUAGCAAAAUAUCAAGAUGGUGAACGGAGCUUGAAAGAUUCUUUAGCUGCAGCUCAGCACUUUGCUGAACGAUAUCAGAAGGAGUUAUCUGGCGAGAGGCAGUACAGGUAUUUACCGUUUAUUUUGGAGAUUUAA